AUGGAGUUCCAGCGGGUGGCCGGUGAGGACGGCCUAGACCAGCAGUCCUUCGUGGAGGCUUUAACGCGAGCCUGCGGCGAGAGCGUGUCCAGCCUCCAGGCAGAGAAGCUCUGGCUCGGCUACUUGCAGCAAAGCGAGCUCAGUGGAUCCAUGGUGCUGGCAACCUUCUGGGCGAUCUGUGAGGCCGUGUCACAGGGAGAUGUCCAGGCUGCGGAGUUCGCUGACAUGACCGUGGAGGAGUAUGUGUCCUACGGAGCUGCGGAAGCUAGGGCGGACUUCAGGCUGCAGCACGACUUCAAGCUGCUCAUUUGGGCCGACUCCUUCGUCAGAGUGCAGCAGAAGCUCCUCCGUCCCAGAAUCCCGGGUUGGCGUAAC